AUGGAGGAGGUCCUUUCUUCCAUUGAACCAGUUGUAACCGAGCAGAUGAACAGGUACCUUACUGCCCCCUACACUCAGGAAGAGAUUGUUCAUGCUCUUAAGCAUAUGCAUCCAUUCAAGGCCCCUGGGCCGGAUGUUAUUACUAAUCGUCUAAAGCUUAUUUUACUUGUCAUAAUUCAUGAGAGUCAGUCGGCUUUUGUACCUGGGCAUCAUAUUACUUAUAAUGCUCUCAUUGCCUUUGAGAUUUUCCAUAUGGUGAAACUUAAUAAGGAUAGGGCUCAUGGGGUGUUUGCUUUUAAAUUAGAUAUGGCGAAAGCCUAUGACAGGGUGGAAUGGUGUUUUCUGGAGUCUAUGAUGCGUCAUAUUGGUUUUCAUUCUUCUAUGGUUGACUUGAUUAUGCGUUGUGUUACCUCUGUUUUCUUUCGUGUGCUUGUUAAUGGUUUUCCAAGGGCAGAGUUCGAACCCAGUCGAGGGCUCCACAAGGGAGACCCUCUGUCUCAUUUCUUCUUCUUUUUUCUGCGCCGAAGCACUCUCGGGCCUACUACGCCAAGCCGAAACAAGGAAGCUUGUUCAUGGAGCGAGAAUUUGCCGUACUACACCAAGAAUGAGCCACUUGUUGUUUGCGGACGACUGUAUUGUGUUUGGGCAAAUGCGGCUGAAGUGGGGAUUAUAAGUACUAUCAUGGAGAGGUAUGAAGUGGUGUCAGGCCAGAAGGUGAAUCUUGAGAAAUCCACUAUUUUUUUUAGUGGAGGGGUGACCCCUGAUUUGAGAUUGGAGUUGGCCAACCUACUUGGCGUUCAGUGUCAAGGACAAAGAGGGUCUUAUCUUGGCAUUCCUAGUAGUGUGGGGCGCUCGAAAGUGGAGAUUUUUCAGAUGUUGGUGGAUCGUACAAGGAAAAAAUCUAAAGAUUGGAAGCGACGGUUUCUCUUUGGGGCUGGCAAAAUUGUUCUUAUCAAAGCAGUGUUACAGGCUAUCCCAACUUAUCUCAUGAGCAGUUUUGCCAUCCCAAAGCAAAUUUGUCAAAGAUUAAACAGUGUGGCGGCAAACUUCUUUUGGGGACAAAAAUUGGACGAAAGGAGAAUUCGUUGGAAGAGCUGGAAUAAAUUAUGCAUGGCCAAGGUUGAAGAGGGAAUCAGUUUUCGUGAUCUUUCCCGUUUUAAUCAAGCAAUGUUAGCCAAGCAGGUUCGGAGGUUAGCCAAAAAUGAAACAUCUUUGUUAGCUCGAUCGCUAAAAGCAAGGUAUUUCCCAAGAAAUGAUAUCUUCCUUGCUAGUAAAGCCCAUAAGCCAUCUUUCGUUUGGACUAGCUUACUAGUAGGAAGGGAUUUAUUGGCGAGGGGAAUGGUGUGGCAUCUUGGUGAUGGAGCUAGAAUCCGAAUAGGUAUUGAUGCAUGGCUACCGGAUGGGAGAGGUAACUAUUUGGAAGCACAGGAUAUGGGCAGAGUGGCUGAGGUUUUUCCGUCAACUGAGGUUUGGAAGAUUGCGUCUAAUCUCGCCCUUGAUUCAACAAAACGAGAUAGAAUUUUCUGGCCUCACGGUAGAGGGAAUGUUUAUACUGUCAAAUCAGGUUAUCACGUGGCGGGCGAGAUUCAUAGGAGGGAGAGGAAGCUUCAACUUCGGCUGAUUUUGGCAGCUUAUGGAAAUGGCUUUGGGGGUUGA